GGCUAGCGGAACGCGAGGCUGUGGUGAUGGCAGGCAGCUACCUGUCAACAACCUAGGCAGAGCAGGAACUAAAUUGGCUGUUUGGACCUUUAUCGUCUGCUUCUGUCAGAUCCUUUCGGUGCAGCCAAACAAGGCUGCGGUCUUAUGGAUGAACCAUGAAGGCCCAAUUACAAGUCACAGUGCUUUCAGCCAAGCUGAAGGAAAACAAAAAGAACUGGUUUGGUCCCAGCCCUUAUGUUGAGGUAGCCGUGGAUGGCCAGUCAAAGAGGACUGAAAAGUGCAACAACACACACAGUCCCAAAUGGAAACAGCCUGUCACAGUAAUUGUUACUCCGGUCAGCAAGCUGAUAUUUCGUGUUUGGAGCCACCAGACACUGAAAGCAGACAUCCUGUUGGGAAUGGCCAUGCUGGAGAUCAAAGAGACCCUCAAAGCUAACGACCUGAAAAUAUGUGAGGUAGUGCAGACGCUGCAGCUAAGCUCUGACAGAGACCAUCGGGAUGUUGUAGGUGACCUGUCGGUCUGUCUGGACGGCAUGCAGUUAGACCCAGAAACCUUCGCCUCGGCAGAGAGGGAUCAUGCUACUGAUCCAAAUGGAACUGCAAGAACAAAUGGAGACACCGACAACAGGUCAAGCAGAGACGCAUCCCCCUCCAGUGACUCAGAGGAGUGGGUUAUUGUACCUAAUGGUCAUGCCGUCAAUGGUACGGGUUCUCCAUCCCAAUCUCCAGGGGGCUCCAACGCCUCGCGUCCGCCCAGACCAGCGCGGCCUCCGCCUCCGACGCCUCAAAGACCAACAGCUUCCCCGACCUCUUUAAGCAGUUCCUCCCCCAGUGAGCUGAGUGACGGUCCAGCUUCUGAUGGCUGCUCUCAGGUUACAGCGAGUGGAUGUUCAAAUCAGCAGGAUGACUCGGGAGUGGCAACAGCAGCAGCGACAUCAUCAACAACAACAACAAUAAUAACGGCAACGACAGCUGCAGCAGCAAUAACAACAACAGCAACAACAGAAGCAGCAACAACAGAAGCAGCAGCAGCAGCAGCAGAAACACCAUCAGCAACAACAGCAGGUUCUUCCCAGACAGCAAGUGGCCCAAAACCAGGGACCUCUGCCUCAGCAGCUCUGGCCACAACAACUCCCAGAAUCCCAACCAUGAGCAACGGCCCCUUACCACCAGGGUGGGAGCAAAGGGGGGACCAGAACGGACGGCUGUACUAUGUGGAUCACAUUGAGAAGAGGACCAUCUGGGAAAGGCCCGACCCUCUGCCAUCAGGGUGGGAGCGCAGGGUGGACCCGAUGGGUAGGGUGUACUACGUCGACCACAUAACCCGAACGACUACUUGGCAACGACCCACUCAGGAGUCGGUGCGUAACUAUGAAGAGUGGCAGCACCAGCGCAGCCAGCUGCAGGGAGCCAUGCAGCAGUUUAACCAGCGGUUCAUUUAUGGGCUCCAAGACCAGUUGGCAGCCACGGCCAACAAAGAGUUUGACCCGCUGGGACCACUUCCACAUGGUUGGGAGAAGAGAACAGACACCAACGGCAGAGUGUAUUUUGUCCAUCACCCGACUCGGGUGACGCAGUGGGAGGACCCCAGGACACAAGGGCUGCUGAACGACAAGCCCCUGCCCGAGGGCUGGGAGAUGAGGUUCACAGUAGAUGGUAUUCCCUACUUUGUAGACCACAACAGGCGAACCACAACCUACAUUGACCCUCGCACAGGGAAAUCCUCACUUGAGAAUGGGCCACAGAUCACCUAUGUCAGGGACUUCAAAGCCAAGGUGCAAUACUUCAGGUUCUGGUGUCAGCAAUUGUCGAUGCCGCAGCACAUUAAGAUUAACGUCUCCAGGAAAACCUUGUUUGAGGAUUCAUUUCAACAGAUCAUGAGCUUCCACCCUCAAGAUCUGAGGCGGAGACUGUGGAUCAUUUUUCCUGGAGAGGAAGGCUUGGACUACGGAGGUGUGACCAGGGAGUGGUUCUUCUUGCUCUCUCAUGAGGUCCUGAACCCCAUGUACUGUUUGUUUGAGUAUACUGGCAAGGACAACUACUGUCUGCAGAUCAACCCUGCGUCCUACAUCAACCCCGAUCACCUCAAGUACUUCAAGUUCAUCGGACGCUUCAUCGCCAUGGCUUUGUUCCAUGGAAAGUUCAUCGACACGGGUUUCUCCCUGCCCUUCUACAAGCGCAUUCUGAACAAACCUCUGGCUCUCAAAGACCUGGAGUCCAUCGAUCCGGAGUUUUACAACUCCCUCAUCUGGAUCAAGGAUAAUAACAUAGAGGAGUGCGGACUGGAGAUGUUCUUUUCCGUUGACAAAGAGAUCCUGGGGGAGGUCACCACCCACGAGCUGAAAUCAGAUGGAGGAAACAUCCAAGUAACUGAGGAAAAUAAGGAGGAAUACAUCAGGUUGGUGGCAGAGUGGAGGCUCUCCAGAGGUGUGGAGGAGCAGACUCAAUCAUUCUUUGAGGGCUUCAAUGAAGUCUUGCCCCAGCAAUACCUCCAAUACUUUGAUGCUAAGGAAUUGGAGGUGAUGCUCUGUGGGAUGCAGGAGAUAGACCUGGUGGACUGGCAGAGAAGCACCAUCUACAGGCAUUAUGCCCGAAGCAGCAAACAGAUCCUCUGGUUCUGGCAGUUUGUGAAGGAGAUGGACAACGAGAAGCGGAUGAGACUGCUGCAGUUUGUCACGGGAACCUGUCGCCUUCCUGUCGGAGGCUUCGCCGACCUGAUGGGAAGCAACGGCCCUCAAAAGUUCUGCAUUGAGAAAGUGGGCAAAGAGAACUGGCUUCCACGAAGCCACACAUGCUUUAAUCGUCUGGACCUCCCUCCUUACAAGAGCUACGAGCAGCUGAAGGAGAAGCUCAUGUUCGCCAUCGAGGAGACGGAAGGCUUUGGGCAGGAGUGAUGCACCCUGGGACGGGACGGAGCCGUGUGUGCUCGGAGGAGCCAUAACCCCUUUCAGACGAGAGGAACUGAUUCUCAGAUUGGCCCUGCAGCCAGGAGCUGCUUUUUAACUGGUGGAUGGACGCGCAAAUCUUUAUUUUCUAUAACAUUAUCAAAGGCGGAUAGAACUGUUUUGCCACAAAUUCACCCCCCCCCCCUACCCCCCUAAAAGACACCUGUGAACCCUCCUCACUCUGUUUCACUCCCCUCCCCCCUCACAAUCCAGUGGAACUCUCUCUUCGUCCUGGUCGGCCCACUAUCAGACGAUGGAGGCCGGAGAGACGCCUUUCUCACCCCGUCGUGUCUGCACUCGCUCUGCGUGUUUCGCAAGUCCAGUUUCUACACGUACAUCUGUGAAUCUGUGCAGUAGUAACUUCAUCAGAGCCGCCUUGUCUGGUUUAUGCACUAGAAUUAACAAUUUUAGAGGGAAAUAACCAUAUUUGUGCAUUUUGACUUUUAAAAAAAAGAAGAAGAAAAAAGGUCAUAUUUAAAAGUGACAUCAAUUGCACAUAUAUGGUUGUGGGUCUUUUAGACUCAACUUUAUUUUUCUUUAGUCGAAAGGAUGGAUGGGUGAAUGGACCGAUUUUAAUUAUUAUUAAAAGAAAAGAAGAGAAAAAAAAGUGUUAACAGCUAACUGACUCCCGUAGCACAUACGCAGUUUCAUUAUCAACUUUGAUAAAUAUGCUCAUGCUAAUCGUAAUGCUAAUCUGACUUUUUUUGGAUAGGUUCAUUUCUUAACUUUGAACUAGUUUGCACAUAGUUAUGUGAGCAGGAAGUCGGCCGUGAUUGUUCUUAAGAGAGGUUGUAUUUUUAUGUGCAAUAGUUUUGUAGAAAACAAUUUUGCCAAUAAUGGAGCCAAACGGUGGUUUGUUUGAUCAUUUUAUAACACUUUGGUAAAUUUCAGCAUUUGCUAUUGAUUUCAAUUCUCAAUAUGAAAUAGAGAACAUUUGCAUGUUUGCAAGUGUAUUUGGUGAAACAGUUUUGGUUGUGAUUUGAUUUUUUGAACUUUGCCAUCUCAAAGUGAUCUGUGCUGUAGAUACUAUCGGCCUGCUUGACCUCACUGAAAAGAGUGGUCUUUUUAUUGAUUAUUAUUAUUAUUAUUAGUGGCUACUAAUGAAGUGGGAGCUUUAGGGUGCAUUGCGUAAAAGACAACAAUGUUUUGUUGAAUGACGACCUAUUCCCACUGAACGGUAGCCAAUCCUCUGGUUGACGUCCAGAUUUAAGUAUUAUUCUAGUUCAAUUAUGAAGAUACUGUUUAAUGUGUUCAGUGACUAAUGCAGUUUAUGUAAAUAUACUUACAGAGUAGAACAUGUACAUCCAAGCAGUGGACCCCUUUGAGUUGCAGGCAUAAGUUAAUAACUAAUAUUUGAAUUAAUGUUCUAUAUAUAUAUAAUGUGGCCCUAGUUUUAUAGGGUGUUAGGUAUUCAGAUUUGUACAGUAGUAUAUUAGUGUAUUUCACGUCUUUUCCAAAAAAUAGCUCCACUAACGUCAAACUUAAAGUUUCUUUUUAGUAUCGGGUAGAGUGUAACUUUAAGAAAAUGACUAUGAAACCAAUCUACCAAAGGAUUUUAUUUAAUUAUUUUUUGUAAACCAUUUGACCUGACGGUCCAAGUCAUUACGCGUGACCAGUUCUUAAGAAAAUGAUAUGUUUCACAACAGUGGUCACUAUUAAAUGUUUUUUUUAUUGUCCUUUAUCAUAUUAGUGGGUAACACUGUGAGACACGGAAAGGUAGCUCAGCUACUUCAAUCAUAGAUACAACAUUUUAACAAGUAAAAUCUGUAAAGUGAUAUUUUUAACGACUUGUAUCUAGCUGUAAAGCAGCAAGUUGUGUAGUGUGUGAGUGUGUGCACGCGCGUGUAUAGGCAGCGUGGUGUGAAUUAAAUUGUCUUAUUUCAAUGUGUAUCCAGAUCUUUGAACAAUCUUCAUUACACGUUAAGUGUCAGCAAAUUUUUCCCAGUAAAAGGUGAAACGAUGCUGCGCUCCUGAAUGUGCCGAUGUGUGGCUGUCCGUCUUAUUAUCGUGUCAAUGCUGGUACAGAAGAAAGAAAGACGUCAAAAACCAGCUACUGCUCACUUUACACUAAAUUGUGUCCGAUGUUUCACGUUAUCUUACAUUUAUCUACUUACUGACGGUAAUGCACACACAUACAUACAACGCUCAGUGUGUACCUACUGCCUUGCAGACGUGUGAAGAGAUUAUUGUAAAAAGUCAAUCUUGACUUGAAAAGAAAAAGGAAAAAAAAUAAUAUUUGUAAUUUAAAAUGUUUACUGUUGAAUAUUUUAACCGAUUACAACUAAUAAUUUCGCAGCUUCAGACUUCAAACCGGUUGAAUUAACCACUUCACUGUUUAAUCACUGCUGUGCUCCAGAUUGUGGAGCAGUUAAAUGUAUAGAAACAUGCAAAAUAGUGGUGUAGUUGUAUUGAUUGCAUUGUACAUCAUGUUGAUAGUGUAAUCACUGUUUUUUGAAGCUCUAACUUUUUUUGAUAAGUGGAAGUCAAUGGUUGAAUACUAUUUAUUUGUCGGAUGCGUUUCAUGUAACGAUGGACUGGAUUGAUCGAGAGAAGAAAAUAAAUAAAACAAUUUAAACAUUGGGCUCCUGCAGAA